AUGGAGACCAUCACAGCCCAACUGAUCCCCAUCACCAUGGAGACCACCACAGCCCAAGUCAUUCCGAUCACCAUAGAGGUCACCACAGCCCAACUCAUCCUCGUCACCAUGAAGACCAUCACAGCCCAACUCAUCCCCAUCACCAUGGAGACCACCACAGCCCAACUCAUCACCAUGGACACCACCACAGCUCAACCCAUCACCAUGGAGACCACCACAGCCCAACUCAGCCCCAUCACCAUGGACACCACCACAGCCCAACUCAUACCCAUCACCAUGGACACCACCACAGCUCAACCUAUCACCAUGGAGACCACCACAGCCCAACUCAUCCCCAUCACCAUGGACACCACCACCAUCCUCUCCACCCAGAUUUACACCACCACCACGGCGCCCAUGCAGAAUCUCUCCAUCACCACAGCUCCCAUCCAGAAUCUCUCCAUCACCGCGGCUCCCAUCCAGAAUCACUCCAUCACCACGGCUCCCAUUCAGAAUCUCAUGAUCACCACAGCGCCCAUGCAGAAUCUCUCCAUCCCCAUGGCUCCCAUCCAGAAUCUCUCCAUCACCGCGGCUCCCAGCCAGAAUCUUUCCAUCACCACGGCUCCCAAUCAGAAUCUCACGAUCACCAUGGCUCCCAUUCAGAAUCUCUCCAUCACCAAGGCUCCCAUUUAG